AUGGCGGACAUAGUAAGAUUAGUUGAUCGUCUGCGACAACGAGAAGAAAGGAGAGCAGUUCGUCCGAGGACCUUUAGAGAUCGGCUUAAUCCUUUGGAGAUGAGGACAGAUGAGGAGUUGUACGCCAGGUACAGGUUCAGGAGACCCACCUUGCUAUUUAUUGUUCAUUUGGUCGCCGAUAGUAUAACGCAUCCAACGAGAAGAUCCCAAAGUCUGCCUCCUCUCAUACAGGUUCUCGUUUUUUUGAGAUUUCUGGCGACAGGGGCAUUUCACCAACUGAUUGGCGACGCCAUUCACAUAUCAAAGGCCACUGCUGGACGCUGCAUCCGUCGUGUUGCGGACGUCCUCGUUAGAUUGCGUGGGGAUUUCAUCAAAUUCCCGACUGGGCAGGCGGCAGACAACACAAAACGUGCCUUUCACGCUAUUGCAGGCAUGCCACAGGUAUUGGGAUGCAUUGAUGGGACAUUUGUCAGAAUAUCUACACCAAGAGAAAAUGAACCUGACUAUGUCAAUAGAAAAGGAUUCCAUUCUCUGAAUGUUCAGAUGGUCUGCAACAACAACUUCAUCAUAACCAACUGUGUGGCCCGUUGGCCUGGUUCAUGUCAUGACUCAAGAGUGUUCCGAGAAAGUCAGCUUUGUCAUGACUUUGAAAAUGACCUAUACAGUGGAUUCCUGCUAGGGGACUCAGGCUACCCUUGCCGCAGGUAUUUGAUGACACCAUACAAUCACACCAAUGAUAUUAGACACCGGGAGCGAUUCAAUGGAGCAUUGUGUAGAACAAGAGUGGUCAUCGAGCAGACGUUUGGAAUUUUGAAGAGGCGCUUCAGCUGCCUAUCAAUUGGUCUGAGAACAAACCCAAACAGAGCAUGCAAAUAUAUUGUGGCAUGUGCCAUAUUGCACAACAUAGGUAUCUUAAGACAAGAUAUAGUAUCAGAAACAGUUGAUGACCUAGUAGUACAAGGCCCAGAUGUUCUGGAACAUAAUCAUUUAAAUGAAAAUGGAUUUGGGAUAAGAGAGAACAUGGCAAGAAACCUUUUUUCUUAGUAAUUUUCUAUAGCUAGGUACUCUCUGGAGUGGGGCAGUGCAAGCAUAUAUAUAUACAUUUAUGGGCCAGUGGGGUUAGAGUCACCAUUCAAAAUCUGUUCCCCUUUUUCCAAAGAUUUUUGUGACCAAAUAAGAUAAAAAUCUAUUCAGAACUUAUAAGAGCAGUAAUUUAUAGGGCUUAGAUUACCUCUAUUUUCCCAAUCAG